ACGUCCCACAUAGUGGAGGAAAAAACUACUCGCUUCGCCACUCGGCCUCCUCCGGCCCUUCUUAUCCUCUCGCCCUCGCGACGGCGGUCGCGGCGAGGGCAUCCAGGCCUCAUUCUACCGAAGCUCCCAGGUUCGAAGGAUCGCUGGCAUCCUCAACCUCCUCCCUUUGUUGGUAAUUGCGCAAGGCCAAGUUUAUACAAAAUGACUCUCUGCCAAGGCUUAUCUGCUGGGCAUGCCCAGCUGCUUGCUUUUCCUGCUGCUAAGCCUUCUCUCUUAAGAGGAUCAUGCCUUCGUACUCAAGCAGGCUCACUGCGUCUGAAGAGUGCUCAUCUGUUAGGCGCGAGGAAGAAUUUUUCGGUACAAACUGCACGAGCAAGCACUGAUUUUCUUCGCCAUGACAUGCUGACAUCAUUUUCGAAGGAGGGUUCUAUUAAGGGCAUUCCAUCAUUAUUGACCCAGCACAAUCAGCGUCAAAGAUCUGAAGUUGGUUGUCGAGCUUCCUCUCUAGCAUCAUUCAGCUAUCCUGAGCUGACUUCCAAACCAAGAUGGUGGUGGAGAACUCUAGCAUGCGUGCCAUAUUUACUUCCACUUCACAACAUGUGGUCGUAUGCCGAUGUCAUCUACCAGUUGCACACGUACCUGCAGGGGUUUUCAUUGGUUUACACCUUCAUCGAUACCAUGACACUGCUUCCAGGGUGGCUCUUGCUGGUGAUAUUCAUGACAGUGUACUUCUUCGUUGUGAGGCGGAAGUGGUCACCCCACUUCAUGAGGUUCCAUGUGAUCUUGGCUAUCCUCCUGGACACCGGCUCUCAAGCAGUGGCAACAAUGUGCACCUGGAUGCCCAGCAUCGUGUACCAGGGGAAGCCGAUGCAGUAUUUUUGGAUGUCCAUUGCUUUCAUUCAGAUCUUCACGGUGCUCGAGUGCAUGCGGUGUGCUCUUUCUGGGAUGUACCCGAAUGUGCCUUUCAUAUCCCACACGGCGUUUAUCCAUUCUGAUCUGAAUCUCUUCAGGUAGCCAACUGCUCACCAUAUCAGGUUUUUUGAUAUCAGAAGGAUGGAAAAGGAGACGGAGGUGCAAAUAUGGUAGUAUUUCUGGCAAUAGCUACUUACAUUUCUAGACUGUUUUGUUUAUUUUAUUUUUUUAAAUUAUCAUGUGUAAGUGCCACCAGCCCUAGCUGGGACCUAUUCUGUUAUGGCAAAACCUGAACAGUGACGCUACUGAUUAUUGCAUCUGUUGAAUUGCUUCA